AUGAUCAGCUUGGGUGUUUUCGAUGGGGAGGUCCAUAAUUUCUUUAUGUGGACAAAUUUUUCGACGGGCUCGGUGAUCAGAUCGCCCCACUCGGACUACACCAUCUUACAGACGCUGGGCGAGGGCUCUUUCGGAUGUGUGAUCUGGUGUAUCAGGAACAGCACCCAGCAGCACGUGGCCCUGAAGGUGGUGAAAAGCGCCACCUCGUCUGUACAUUUAGAGAUUGAGAUAUUGCAGACGCUGCGGCUGCAGCGUUCAGAGGAGCACCACAUCGUCAGGUGGCUCGAUAGCUUCGAGUUCAGAGGACGAGUGUGUCUGGAGUUUGAGAAGCUCGACAUGAGCCUCCACGACUUCAUCUCACGGAGCGGUCACCUGAAGCUAAGGCAGAUCCGGCCCAUCCUCUAUCAGCUGGCCACGGGUGUCAGCUUUCUGAAGACACAUGGGAUCAUCCACGGAGACCUGAAGCCUGCCAACGUGAUGAUGGUGAACCACAGGGAGCACCUCCAGGUCAAGAUCAUUGACUUCGGCCUGUCCCAGUACAUCAACUCCGUGACCCAGGGUAGCAUUGUACAGACCAGCUGGUACAGGGCUCCGGAGGUGUUUGUGGGAGCGCCGUACAAUGAGUCUAUAGAUGUGUGGUCCCUCGGGUGCGUGGCCAUAGAGAUGAUGAGGGGGCAGAGUUUGUUUCAAGGCUGGAGUUGUAGCUUUACUCUCCAACAAAUAGUGCAGACAGUGGGUAAACCUCCGGACGCAGUACUGCAGAAUGGUUUGUACACCAAAAACUACUUUGUCCGGACGAAUAUCGGAGGCACCGUCCAAUGGCAGUUCAAGCCGCUGGAAGGAUUCUCAGUAGUAGAGCAGGCCCUGAACAACAUACGAGACCUCUAUCUGAUAGCGAAGUUCAUAGAGCAGGUCCAGCUGGAUGAGCAGCUUGACUGGGAGUUCUUCGUGCGCCUAGUGGUGCAGAUGCUGGACCUGAACCCCGAGAGCAGGAUCAGCGCGGCCAACGCUCUGGUCCAGCCUUUUCUCUCCAUGAGCCACAUCCUGGGAGUCUUCAACACACGGCAUGUGACCCACUCUGUGGAGAUGAUGCGAGGUGCUACCAAACGUUUCGAUCAGGCCCCAUCCACAUCCAACUACUCAGCAGCGCAUUACAAUGAGGACAGCAUAGAGACGAGGGGAUUUUUGUUCAACCCGGCACAGUAUUCUUCUCCAGAUGACGUCUUGCUGCCAGUGAACAACCCUUUACCAGAGGAUGUCAUCAGCUGGAAGCGCAAGAGGUUCCAAGACCAGGGCCCCAGCCCCAAAAGGCGGAGGAUCAACCACCCACCCACCCUCCCAGAGGACACUCCCCUCCCAGAGGACGACCCUCUCCCAGAGGACACUCCCCUCCCAGAGGACGACCCUCUCCCAGAGGACACUUCCCUCCCAGAGGACACUUCCCUCCCAGAGGACACUUCCCUCCCAGAGGACACUUCCCUCCCAGAGGACACUCCCCUCCCAGAGGACGACCCUCUCCCAGAGGACACUCCCCUCCCGGAGGACGACCCUCUCCCAGAGGACACUCCCCUCCCAGAGGACACUCCCGUCCCAGAGGACAACCCUCUCCCAGACACCCUUCUCUUGGAGGCAGCACCUCCUCGCAUCAGCAGGAAGCGCAAGAGGUUCCAAGACCAGGGCCCCAGCCCCAAAAGGCGGAGGAUCAACCACCCACCCACCCUCCCAGAGGACACUCCCCUCCCAGAGGACACUCCCCUCCCAGAGGACACUCCUCUCCCAGAGGACGACCCUCUCCCAGAGGACGACCCUCUCCCAGACACCCUUCUCUUGGAGGCAGUACCUCCUCGCAUCAGCAGGAAGCGCAAGAGGUUCCAAGACCAGGGCCCCAGCCCCAAAAGGCGGAGGACCACCUUGAGGACUCCGAGCCCGAGCGCAGAGAGAGCUUCUUCCUCCAGUAACACCAAGAGGCGCCAUGAUGAUGAAGAGCAUUGUGCCAGGGCACCCAGACAGCACCCAGACAGCACCCAGACAGCACCCAGACAGCACCCAGACAGCACCCAGACAGCACCCAGACAGCACCCUGCUGUGGAUGACACCCAAAGAGGUGGCACUCGGCGGACUGCAUGCACCAGCUCAGGAGGGUUCAGUCUAAACAUGUGGCAGAGGGGACGUCUGAGGAGAGCUCUGUCCCUGCUCCUCUUGGUUCAUCUCAUUGUGCUGGAGACAGGGACAGGCCAGAGAAGACCGCCAGGCCGGAGGAACUACUACAGGCUGUCAGAGGCCCAGACGUGUUCCGUGGAUGUGCUCUUCAUCCUGGACAGUUCAGAAAGUGCCAAAACGUUCCUCUUUGAGAAGCAGAAGGCUUUUGUGUUGAGUUUCAGCACCCGUCUGUCCAUGCUGCAGGUCCCAGGCUGGAGUGUGGAUGUGCGGAUGGGUGUCCUCCAGUACAGCAGCUCUGUGUCAGUGGAGCAGCCCCUCUCCCUGUGGACAGGCCUGGACUCGUUUCAGGACGUGGUCAGCACCAUGGACUACAUCGGCCACGGCACCUACACCAGCCACGCCCUGACCACUGCCUCCGCCCUGCUGCUGAGGGAGAGCCCCGCACACAGCGUCAGGGUACUGCUACUGAUGACUGACGGCCUGGACCACCCACGUAGCCCCGACGCCUCCUCUGCUGCUGCACAGCUCAAAGGUCAUGGGGUCAAGCUCUUCACUGUGGGGCUCUCCGGUAUGGCCCAGAGAGGUCACAACAAUGCCAGGCUUAGGGCCAUGGCCAGCUCCCCUCCCCAGCAGUUUGUCCACAGUCUGCUGGAUCCCAACCUGGAGGAGAAGCUGCUCAUGGAGAUGGUAAGAGUGGCAGUAGAAGAGUGUGGUCAGGUACAUGUGUGUCUGUGCCAAAGAGGAGAGCGAGGGCCUCCAGGAAGUCCAGGUAUAAAAGGCAAGCCAGGCUACAGUGGGGCGCCGGGUCCAAAGGGCUCCAGGGGGGAGGUUGGACGAACUGGGACACCUGGGAGGGACGGCCCGGAGGGUCUCCAUGGUUACAAGGGCAGCAAGGGAGAGCAAGGAGAGUGUGGAGCUCCAGGAUCAAAGGGUGACACUGGAGCCAUGGGUUCACCGGGAGAUGUAGGUCCUGAGGGGCCACCAGGAGCUAAGGGAGAGCGGGGACCCAUAGGGACUGCAGGGCCUCAGGGGGACAGUGGGAUUGGAUUCCCCGGACCCAAGGGUGAGCGGGGCCCUCCUGGCAGGCCAGGUCCCAUGGGUGCAGUCGGAGUGGGAGAUCCCGGACAAACUGGUCCCCCGGGGCCACCUGGAGCUCAAGGUAAUCCUGGACCACCUGGAGAGGGUCUUCCAGGGCCCAAGGGAGAUCGAGGAUUUCCUGGCCCCAAGGGAAACAAAGGAGCUCCAGGUGUGGGUCUGAAAGGAGACCAGGGCAGCCGUGGACCUCCUGGACUCCCAGGUCCAACUGGUGCUCCAGGUGUAGGACUGCAGGGUGAAAAGGGAGAGCAGGGAGCAGUGGGGGCUCCAGGUCCCAGAGGAGAAGCGGUGGCUGGCAUACCAGGGCCUAAGGGAAAUGUUGGAAUUCCAGGUGAACAAGGUUUGCCAGGGGAAAGAGGUUUUAGUCAACCUGGGCCUAAGGGUGAACCCGGCCCAGAUGGAGCACCAGGUCGUCUUGGACCUCAAGGGAAGGAAGGAGCUCCAGGUCAAAAGGGAGAGGCGGGGUUACCAGGGCCUCGAGGGCCAGACGGUGCUCCAGGGAAAGGCGACCCAGGAGAGAAGGGAAACCAAGGGCACAGAGGAUCCAGGGGCCAGACUGGACCUGUGGGACACAAGGGUUCUAAGGGCCCUAAGGGAGAACUAGGAGUUAUUGGCCCUCCUGGAGCCACUGGACCCCCAGGCAGGGGCCUUCCUGGAGCUAAGGGAGACCCAGGACCCCAGGGUGCUGUUGGUGCAGAGGGGGAGCCUGGUAUAGGGAUCACUGGACCCAAGGGGGACAGAGGAGCACCGGGACCUACUGGAGGCUCUGGAGAAAAAGGAGAAGGGCCCCCUGGACCUCCAGGGGUUCCCGGACCUCCAGGCCCAGUAGGAGAGCCUGGUUCUGAUGGGGUUGGGUUACCUGGACCAAAGGGAGAAAGAGGUUUCUCUGGCGCCCCGGGACCUGCUGGAGCUCCAGGCACUGGUAUGAUUGGCCCUAAGGGGUCAUUGGGUGUGCCGGGUCGACCUGGAGCCCCGGGUUCAACUGGAGAAGGGGUCCAAGGACAGAAGGGUGAACCUGGGCCCCAGGGGGCUCCUGGUCCCAGAGGUCCUCCAAGCCAUGGACCACAGGGAGACCAGGGGGGGAGAGGACAUAGAGGUCCAAAGGGCUCAAAAGGAGUCCAAGGUGAACCUGGAGAGCCCGGUACUGAAGGGCCUGUGGGAAGACCCGGAGAGAAGGGAGAGUCUGAGUUGACUAGGGAGGACAUUGUUCAAAUGGUGCGGUCAUUGUGCAGAUGUGGGGUAGAGUCCUGCCGGGCCUCUCCUCUGGACCUGGUGCUGGUGGUGGACUGUGCAGAGCCGGACGGCCCAGUGCAGGAGCUGGUGUUGUCUCUGCUGGAGCGUUCCUCUAUGGGCCGCGACACCACACGAGUCGGGGUGGUCCUCCAGGGCAGUACCCCCCAAAGCCUGCCCCUGUCCUGGGACCUCGGCCAACUCCAGUGGUUUGUGCUCUCCCUGCCCCAUGCUGCAAACGAUGAGCCCACAGACAGGGCUCUGCUUCAGGCACAGCAGCUGCUCCAGGAGGGCCGUGUUGGGGUACGCAGGAUGGUGCUGGUGGUGUCUGAUGGUCCAGCUGUGAGGUGGGACAGGGCAGUGAGGGAGGCUUACACUGGGAGCGGAGAGGACUUUGUUGUGGCGGUGCUGAACAGGAGGGGAGGGGCUCAGGGACUGCACCUGAUGACCUUCCAGCCCAAGAAGAAUCACAGGAUCAGCCAGGAGGAGCUCUCACACCUGACAGAGCUUGAGAACAAAGUGCUGGGUCUUAUUUGUGAAGAAGAGAAGAGAAGCUCCACUUCAUUCAGUGCCAAACCUGCCCUCCGCCUGGGUCCAGACGGGCUCCCGGAACUGUCUACAGAAACUGGACUAGAGCCAAUCAGGAUACAGCAUGAAGACACGCCCACCUCCACUGAGGACACACCCACCUCCACUGUUGACACACCCAUCUCCACUGGGCACCCUCACAGAGUCCAGACACUAUGGCUCAAUGGUUAG